AAAUCACUAACAUCAAGGCACCUGUUGAUAUUUGCGAGGGAUGUAGCAAAUGGGAUGUCUUGUUUGGAAUCAUACAAGAUCAUUCAUAGAGAUUUGGCAGCUAGGAAUAUCUUAGUUGAUAAAGAAUUAAGGGCAAAGGUUUCUGACUUUGGUUUCGCCAGAGAUGUUGGAGAGGAUGGAACCUAUGAGAGAGGAUCACAGGGUAAAUUACCCAUUCGUUGGAUGGCCAUCGAGUCCCUUCUGUACAACUUGAGUACAUGCAAGAGUGACGUUUGGAGUUAUGGUGUUCUGUUAUGGGAGAUCAUAAGUCUGGGUGCGACGCCAUACCCUGGUAUGGGAGCCCGUCAGAUCAUGAAAGACAUAGGUCGAGGAUACAGGAUGGAAAAACCUAAACAAUGUGAUCAAGAAAUAUAUGAGUUGAUGUUGAAUUGUUGGAAUGAACGUCCAGAGAAGAGACCUGCGUUCAAAACAAUUGUUCAGACAGUGAACAAUAUCAUUGAAGGAAACCACGAUGAUUAUGUUAAGUUAGAUGCCAUUCCGGAACAUAUCUAUGUUAAUCUCCCAAGAAUGGAUGAUGAACUUAAUGAACGUAUUUAGGCAAUUGAUCAUUGAAUAUAACUGGCACACAAGAAGACAAAACCUGCGUUACAAUAAUUGAUAUCAAGUGGUUUACAUAAUAUAAUCGUAGAUCCAGA